UUUUUUAAUUAUUUCUUCUCGUUCUUAUUUAGAGAAACAACCAUAGAAAAUGAAGGCCUAAAAACAACGAAAAUCAGGUAGAGCUUGAUGCGGUCAUUGCAAUCAUGCAUUGUAUAUGAGAAUUCCUCGGUACUGGUAGUUCCUCCAUUCCAGGUGUAACAAAGGGGAUGCAGUAUUGGACUCGCUUCAUCUGAUGUUGUAUAAAGGAUGAGUGAAGACAGCAUGGCCUCCUCUCUAUCUGCAAACCUGGAGACUGCGUACAUAUGGGCCAGGGAUUCCAUGGAGCAAGCGUCAAGGUUUCCAAUACGAGUACCCCAUCUUGUAAAUGCCAAACAAGAAAGGGGAGCUUUUGAUCAAGCCAAAGCAAUGGAACGCUUUCCUCUCCCACUGCCACCGCAACUUGCACAUGAAAUGAAUCUUGGACUCCUACAACAACAGCAGCAACUUCAGCAACAGCAGCAGCAACAACAAAGCAACCAGCAGAAUGAGAAAUCUCUGAGCAACCAUCAACAAUCCCCUAGCAAUGGUACUAGCAUGCUUACCAGUCAGUCUCACAGUCAACCUGGCCCUAGUCAAGCCACCACAACUCAAGCCACCACACAUACAUCGGGUCCAGGAUCCGGGAAGCGAGGUCGGAAACCAGGGUCAAAGUCACGCAACAGCCAGCCUGCACAUCUACACACAGGUCUACCAGGUGAGCCACGGAUAAGGCCCGGUCCUACAUUAGACGACGUAGGCGAGACACGCGAGUACAGGUGUAAAGUUUGCCCGCUGAUUUUCUAUAGUAAAUCAGAUGUUUUGCUUCAUGGUCGCUCACAUAAGGAAGGUAAACCUUAUAAAUGCGAAGACUGCGGAAAAGCUUUCUCAAGCACGUCUUACGUCACGCAGCACAUGAAGGUGCAUACGAAUGAGAAGCCAUACCAUUGUACUUUUUGUGAAAAGACAUUUAAGCAGCUUUCGCAUCUCCAGCAGCACACACGUAUACAUACAGGAGAGAGGCCUUACCGCUGUAAUCAGCCAGGCUGCGAGAAAUCCUUCACUCAGUUGUCUAAUCUACAGCAGCACUGGCGGCGGCACAACAAGGACAAGCCGUACAAAUGCCGCGACUGCUACCGUGCAUUUGACGAUCCGGACGUGCUGCAGAACCACACGCAGUCCCACGAGAACAACCGGCGGGAGAAGCGCUUCUCGUGCGGAGUGUGCGGAAAGUCCUACGUUCAAGAGCUGUACUUAAUGAAGCACAUGGAGAAACACCCCCACAUCGUAGGCCAAGCCAUCAAUAUCAUCAACCAUGUCACCAACUCUGUGACAGCCAUCAACCCACACAUCAACAUAGCCGGACAUGCGAAUCCACCUCCAGAGUUCAAGCCCAAGAAGAAGAAAAAGAAGAAGCAACAACAUCAACAGCAGCAACAAGUUGCCACAUCGGGCAUCGACAACCCCAUGCCGCUACCGCCUGUGAGUGUCAUCUCCAACCCCAACGCAACCUUGGAACGCAAUUCCUACAGCGUGCCCCCACCAGCAGCUCCGCAGCACGAGGUAUUAAGACAGGGUAGUGAAACCCCAGGGCCAAGCACCAGCAUACCAGCUUCUCACCUACCCCAUACCAAUGGCAUCAUGACCAGCCAAACUAUGGGGUUACCACACAACAUCUCUACAACCAUACAUUCAGCCCUUCCAGCUUUCCAUAAUGCUGCUGGGUUUCCUAUGUCGUUACCAGCCGGUGUCAACCCGGUGUUCUCUACAGUCUACAACAUGGCCAGAUGAGGGUUACAAGGGUAACGUCAAUGUAGACAUAGCCCUUCUAAGGUUCAGUGACAUUUGCUCCUGCAACAAUUGCUCCUAUUGUAAAUCCAUGUGCAGGGAAUAAAUUUGCAUUACAAAUUUGAAUAGCAUUUUCGGUCAUGAAGAGAAAAACUCUCAACUAAGUAAUGUACAGUCCUAUGUAAAAAUAUGCUAUACAUAAGACUUUAUGCAUAGCAGUCUUAAAAAAUGUGGAGCAAAUUGCGAUGCGAUACCAGGAAAAUUAUUCCCUGAUAUGUUAGCCAAACAUAAACUCUAACCGUAACUUUAAUCCUUGCAUCAUUCUGAGCCAAAACCCAAUCACAACUUCAUCUUCAAAGAUUUUCGGGGAGGAGCAAUUGUGGCAAGAGCAAAUGACCUGUUACCCCUUCUAAAUCUGUGUCCUCUUUCUAAAGCACAAACUGAAGUUUACUCAGCAUCUCAAUCCAAACCUUGGUUUCCGUGAUGACAUCAGUGAAAUAUUUUAUUCCAUGAAAUAUAUUUUUUGACCAAUUUUACUAGCUUUACCAUUUACAGCGACCAAAACAGGUUUGUCAAGUAUUUGUUUUGUGUUGUAUUAAUUGUCGAUUUUGUUCCAUGUUUCAUGUGUGUAAAAGUGAUAAGCUUAAAUUGAAGCUUUCACAAUCUUGCUUACAUUACAGGUCUCUCCCUGAAAUAUAAAGACUGUCAAGAGAGUAUACAUGUAAUUCUUUUCAGAGAUCAAUUCAUAUUGAUAUAAAUGAUACCUCCCAUUCCUGCUGAAAAAAAGGUUUGAGAGAGAAAAGCCCUGUUUAAUGUGCAAAUGCUGUUAUGGGGCACUGCGACUAGCCUAGUCUGUUCAUGUCCUAGUGUCCUUCCACAUGUCCAUAUCAAAACCUAUAUAUUUAUGAACUUGUUAACUAAAAUAAGUAAUCAAUUGUAAUAAGCUAAUUUUCCCCCUACAACUUGAACAUCCCAGAAUGUUUUUUUUUUGUGUGUGCAAAGUUGACAUCCAUCAAACAAAUCUAAUGACUUACAUGUAAUCUUAUUCAGAUUGAGUUAUUAGAUUUAAUUAGAGAUUUCUUUUUGAUGAUAAUUAACAGGAAAUUAAAAAAAAAGAAGAAUUUUUGUGAAAAAGUGUUUACAUAAGUCAUUAUGAAUAAACUAUAGAAACAGCAACUUUUUAUUUUGGAUCCAAAAUAUGCAAUAACCUAUUAACAUUGUCUACAAACGAAUAAAUAUUUUGGUAGAUUCAAAUUCAUCAAUAUUAGGACACUUGAGUGUUGGUCAACAUCAUAGAAAACAAAAGAAUAGUUAAGUUUAAUCUUUAUUAACAAAAUUAUUUUUAAAACAAGUUCAAUCAUUACUCUGCAGUACUUCUAGGAGGAAUUUAAUUCUGAAUGUUUUUCUAGAAAGAAUUUUGUGUUGGUCUACAUGUAGGUUUAUCUGCAUAUUUUUGUUACCAUUAUGUAUUAAUGAAUAAUGGCAGCACCUCCUUGAAACGUUCCCCAUAUUUUGAACAUUGCUUCUGUCUCAAAGUGCUUGUAAUAUUGCAUCUUGAGUAUACAUGUAGGAUUAGCUUGGAAUAGUUUCUUAGGGGAGGGAAAUCUAUCUGUGUGUAACAAUGGACAACUCUACACGUUAAAAACGAAAGGCUAAUUUAUUUGAGAAUUAGUUUGAUGAAAAUUUGCACAAAUUUCCACAAGUGGAAUUAAAAGAAAAAUGAAAUCACUAUAGUCCUCAACUCUCCUGAUUGGCAAUCUUUUGGAUGUAGGAACUUACACGUACACCAGCAUUGUUGAUAUUGGUUAUGGGAGCUCAAUUUCUUGUCAAGACAUGGCUAUUGUAGAAGGACACAAUUUAACAACAUGCAGCUCACAAGUUUUUUUAUAAUUCUUAUUUACUUACCACUUUUGGAACAGAACACACUAUAAUCAGCAAACUGCCGUUCUCUGUAGGGAUCCAUUUCCGUCAUUUAGUUAUAUAAAUGUAUUUUAUUUUAGUCUACAUGUAUGGGGUAUCAUUUACUUCAACCCAAGAUUUUUCAUGGAGUAUUCCCCAUGUUGGUCUGGUGAGGGUACCGGUAGAAGUUUGCCGUAAGGGUUGUGGCUGCUUUUUUUAAUGAAAUCACUGUAAAUUUGUCUUACACUUGCUGAAAAUGACAAAUUUUAUGAGAGAGAAAUUGUACUUUUUUGUGUCAAAUGUGUCUUCUUGUACAGUGUAAAAAAAUUAUUGUAUAGUUGUACUGUUUGUGAAGGAGCAGUAGCUCUGAAAUGCAUUUUGAUAUAAGAUGUUCUUUAGUAUCAAAGGUCUUGAAUUAUUUGUACAUUUGCAAGUCUGUACAUCUGCAAGGAAAUUUUUAAUAGAGAAAGAGAUGCUACGUUUUAUUUUGUUGCCGCCUUGUAUGUCAAUGUGAAUUCUGUUUUUAAACGGUGUCAUCUAGGUAUUUCGCUCUCUUGUUGAGAUGAAUGUAAUUGUUAAUGUACAUGUACUAGUAAUGUUAAUGCAAUCUUGCAGUAGGUUUGAUUUACAUAGAUUUAUGUAUUCAUUUGUUUAAAACUACCCUUUUAAGUUUAUAACACCUUGAUCGUCCGUUUAACAAGUGAUUUUUGCUGAGUUUAAGAGAACAUGUUCAUGGCAGAAGUGCUGUAAGAGGCUGACAGAUUGUUACAUGGAAGUCAUUGUUGAUAAUUUUUAAAAACAAAGAUUUCUCAGAUAAAUAAAACAGAAUUCAAUAAAGUUAUUUGAAUCAAUAGAUUAAUUACACAUUUUAUGAUAAGAGUAGCACAGUUAAUGCGAUUGGAAAGAAUGAAUUAAAUAGUAAAUGUUGCGAUUUGAAAGAAUGAAUUAAAUAGUAAAUGUGCAUGUAUGUAUGUAGCUUUAUAAAAUACUAGUAAUGCCUUGACCGAAUAUUGAUUAAAACCUAAAUCUUGCAUACCAAAUGAUCUAUAACUAUUAAUAGAAAUAAAUAAUUAUAAAAAAUAUGUUUCAUAUUCAUACCACCAUAAUUCUUAUUUGGUAGCAUUUAUGAUUUUUGUGCUAUGUCUCCCUUCACUUUUUAAAGUUGGUGUAUGCACCUUGAACUUUAAGGCACAUUACUUGACCAAAUUCGUAUAUUUCUAAUGUAUCAAAAACAUAAGAAUAUGUUGAACUUUUGUAUGAAUACAAUUUACUCUUUUCUUACAGUACAAAAAUAUAUAGAUUAAUGAAAUUUUUGCCCUGAUUUAUUAUAUAUUCUACAAUUAUCAUGGUUGAAUAAUUAGGAGGGGAGUACGGUUAAUUUCAUUCUCUUCUUUUAAUAUUGGUAUUGGUGCUAUUUGACACACUUUUUAUUAUGUGGAUUUUUAUAUUUGAAAAAUGCAAUCUAAGGAGUUCUUCAUAGUUGUGUCCUUUGUAUGCCAUGUGCACUGCCUGUAGUUGCUUUUGUAAAAUGGGAGUACUGUUGACAGAGUUUUUAU